AUGGAGCAGAACCUCCUGGAAACUAUUCUAACGCACAUCGAAAAUAAGGAGGUGAUUGGUGACGGCCAACAUGGCGUCACUAAGAGCAAAUUGUUCCUGACAAAUUUGGUGGCCUUCUACGACAGGGUUGCAGCACUGGUGGAUAAGGGAAGAGCAACUGACAUCAUCUACCUGGAUUUGUGCAAAGUAUUUGACACUGUCCCACAUGACAUCCUUGUCUCUAAAUUGGAGAGACACAGAUUUGAUGGGUGGUGGAUAAGGAAUUGGCUGGAUUGUCACACUCAAAGACUUGUGGUCAAUGGCUCAAUGUCCGAGCAGAGACCAGUGACAAGUGGCAUUCCUCAGGGGUUGGUAUUGGGACCGGUAGCCCUGCUGGACCGCAACUCCGAGGCCGGGCAGGAGAGCAAGGCGGCCCUGGACGAGCAGUUUGAAGCGCAGCGGACGGUGUUCAUCCAGUGCGACGUUACGGAUCAGGAGCAGCUGAAAGGUGCUUUCAAAAAAGUAAUUGAACAUUUUGGAAGGCUGGAUAUUGUGGUUAAUAAUGCUGGUGUGAACAAUGAGAAGGACUGGGAAAGCACUAUACAAAUUAACUUGACAUCUGUGAUUAGAGGAACCUACCUUGGCCUAGAAUACAUGAGAAAAGGCAAUGGAGGAGAUGGAGGAGUAAUCAUUAAUAUCUCAUCUUUGGCAGGACUCAUGCCUGCUGCAUUCCAACCUGUGUACUGUGCUACAAAGCAUGGUGUAAUUGGAUUCACACGGUCAAUAGCAUUAGCUGCUAAUAUGGAAAACUACGGAGUGAGACUCAACACAAUUUGUCCAGGAUUUGUCAACACACCAAUUCUUCAGUCAAUAGAUAAAGAAGAGAAUAUGGGACAAUAUUAUUCAUAUAAGGAUGAGAUCAAAAAUAUGAUGCAGUUCUAUGGCGUGAUGGACCCAUCAAUAAUUGCUGAGGGACUGAUAACAAUAAUUGAAGAUGAUACUCUAAAUGGAGAAGUUAUGAAGAUUACCGCAUCCCAAGGGAUUCAUUUUCAACAAUACAGCCAAACACCUUUUACAUCAAAGAGAUAA